CCCCCACGUCCGGACGGAGCGACAAGUAGCGCUCUGCCCCUGCCCGCGCCUGCCCGUGCCGUAGGCGGCCGUAGGUCCCCGUGCGCUGUGCGCGCCCGCGCUGCGCCCGCGCUCGCCCCGCGCUCGCCCCGCGCUCAGCGCCCCACGCCUGGCCCGGCCCGCGGCAGCCCCGAGAGCCUGGCGCCCACCCGGGCACAGGGCCUGGAGCCCCCGGGCCGGCCAGCGGGACGCUGCGGGGCCCCAGGACCUGUUGAGCGGGGCGGAGCGGAGUCCGACGCACCCCGGCUGUUCAGGGCGUGUGGCCGCCCAGGACCUGAAAGAUAGAGAGGACUGUUCGGCCCACCAUCUGCGCCGUCUGCAGGUCCAGCUGCCAGCAGGAUGUCGUUCCUCACGUCGCUGCAGCAGUUCGUGUCGAGCGGGGUGGCCAGCCUGAGCCUCACGCAGCGCCGCUUCUCGCUCUCGAGGGAGUCCUCCAGCGAGGCGGACGCGGCCGGGGCGGCGCCGGGGCCCGCGCACGCUCAGGGGCUGGUGGCGCAGGGCUCGCUGCCCGCGCCCGGCAGCCCCCGCCGGGACUCGGGCUCGCCCUCCCCGCACCACGGCUUCCCCAAGGUGGUGCCCACGGCGGGGACCAUGCUGGGCCGGCGCCGCACGCUGGACGGCCCGCCGCCCCAGGGGCUCAUGCUGCCCACCUCGCCACGGCGCACCAGCUCCUUCCGGCACCAGCACAACCAGCUGCAGCAGCAGCACCAGCAGCACCAGCAGCACCAGCAGGAGCAGCAGCAGCAGCGCAUGCUCGCCAUGCAGCAGGUGCAGGCCCUGCGCAACCACGUCUUCUGCCGGCGGCGGCCGUCCUGGCCGGAGGUCGACCCCCGCGCCACCUCAGGGUGA